AUGGCAUCUGUUCCCACGGACCAGACAGCUGUCCCCACGGACCAGGCAACUGUCACCAAGGACCAAACAUCUGCCCCCACGGACCAGAAGGCAGAGUCCUCCACCUCGUCGAACGAUACACCCAUCCUCCCUCUUGCAGAAUGGAUUCCAGGUGUCACGGUUGCCACCUACAAGGCAGCAAAGCCCGGCGGUGCCUCUGACCCGGUGCCGAUGGUGAACUUCUACGUGGCAGACGAUGGAAAACUGCGUACGAUGACCCUGGACGCCCAUUUGACCAGCACCUUGUCAAAACACGCCUGUCAACCGUCAUUCGAGGAUCCAAAGGACCCGUCCGAGUUCCCAUGGUGCCCGAUGAGCGGUUUGGAAUUGGCGUUUAUGGUGUCGCUCUUGCUCAAUAAGAAGAAGUUGGACAACGAAUACCCGGGCCUGAGGGAGCUGGUCGGCAGACUCGGCGACUUGGAACUGGAGCGACUGGGCGGUCUCGGAGAGUUGAAGCCAGAAUUGUCGUCGACGGUGUUUUUCCUGAAUGUGCUUCUGGGAUUCGGACGCGGGGAGCUCGAGUUCAUCGGUAGGCGGGUGUACGACGAGUGGAGUGAGUUCGCCGGUACGGCGCCGGGUCAGGUGCGAUACGUCAAAAUGCGGGUUAAGGGUUCAAAACUGGGGGCGGUCCUGGGUGUGGCUUACCGGGGGGACGGAAUUCUGACGGGGCUGGGCCUGCUCGAGGCCGAGCAGCCCGACAAUGCGGCGUUGACCGCGACCGGCCGACUCGUCGAUCCCAGCGAGACCUCCAACUUCACCGUGGGCAUUCUGAGCUUCGCCCUGCACCCGGGCGCCAUCAUGACCGAACUCAGCCCAGGCCACUACGAGCCCGAGACGCUCGCGGCCAUCGUUGAGAAAUUCAAGUCCAGGUUCAAGAGCGUCGACCAGGGCUGCGCCACGUCCCUGCUCGCGGGGCUGGACGACAGCCUGAGCCCGGGCAACCCCAAGUGCCGCGGUGCUGGUGUCUUCGCACGCGGUUCUCUCGACGUUAUCUCGAGGUUUGGUAUCGUGCCACCUGCCCUCUCUCGGCGACACUGA